AUGGGGCAAGGGCAAUCCAAAGACGAGUUGCUCUACCAGCAAGUCAGUUAUGGGAACACCGAAGGAAUCAAAAGUCUUCGAAGAGAAGGUGCACGCCUCGAGUGGAGAGAUAAAGAUGCAAAGACCCCCUUGAUUGUUGCUUGUAUGAAUCCUCAGCUUUAUAACGUUGCGAAAACGUUGAUAGAACUUGGAGCCAAUGUCAAUGCAUACCGUCCUGGUCGUCAUGGUGGGACUCCAUUGCAUCAUGCAGCUAAAAGGGGCUUUGAAAGUAUUAUUAAGUUACUUCUUUCGCAUGGAGCCAAUCCUUUAAUAUUAAAUGAUGAUUGUCUAACUGCCCUGGAGGUUGCCAGGGUUAAAGGGCACCGCAAUGUUGUUCGUACAAUUGAGAGUCAUCUAUGCUUGUUCUCUGGUUGGUUGCGGGAAUCUCAUGGACCUGGGUUUCUAGAUGCAGUGGCUCCUCAUUUGUUAUCCAAAAAAGUUUGGGUGGUUGUUUUACCAGUUGGCUCCCGAAAUCUUACCAAACCUUACAAGUUGGAGCUUGCCAUAUAUUCUAAUUUGCAGGAAGCACAACCACGUACGGUUAUUGCACUAUGGAAGGCCAAUUUACAAGAACCAAAGCUUCACCAGUCUGAUCCAUCAGUGACAAUUGUUGAUCACACUACUAAAACACGCAUUAGACUUGGGCCUGCUAGUGACAAUGACAAGCAACAACUUGCAUGGUUUUCUAAUGCUUGCAAAGGAAUUCCACAGACAAGUCCAGCAUUCUUGCAAAACAAGGCGCCUACAGGUCCACCCACAGCACCACCAGCUGUAGAAGACACAGAGUUGGCUAUGGCCAUCAGUGCAUCACUUCAGUCUGCCAUGCAGGAGCGGCCACCCUAUCCUGAUACACGACCAAACGUCGAUGCAAGCUCUUCAAGCAGUGCAGUGAAUGCUGGCAAUCAUGGUUUUCUUGGCACACCAAAUUCAAAUACAAGUGAUAGCGAGUUGGUACAAGAAGCUAACCCUGGUGGCAAUAGUCAGCACCUCAAAAGCCAUGUGAAUGCUAGUGCUUUGGAUUUCAAUCCAUCGGCUCCGCCAAUCGUCGGUGAUAUUCCAACUGAUGGCCCCAUUCAGUAUCCAUCAAUUGAUUUAAGCCCUGUUGAUAUUGCAUCUUCAGAUGUUGAGAAGCUUCGUAAUGAAGAGGGAAAAACUGCUAGUGGAAAUGGCUCAUCAUGUGUUAUAUGUUUAGAUGCUCCGGCAGAAGGGGCAUGCAUACCGUGUGGCCAUGUUGCAGGAUGCAUGUCUUGCUUGAACGAGGUGAAAUCAAAGAAAUGGGGUUGCCCUGUAUGUCGAGGUAAGAUAGACCAGAUCAUAAAGCUAUAUCAUGUUUGA